CCCCGUGAUGAUGGUCCAGUCCGAUUGCCCCCAGCACCCCCACGCUUUCGUCUCUGCAAAUCGCUGGCUUUCUGCAACUGAACUCCGACGAGAGAGAUACAGAGAGGGUUCCGUCGCCGAUAGGGACCGGAGAUGCAGGUGGCGCGCAGGGGAGUUCGCCUCUUCCGGGCUUCCCGAUGUCUGUCACGCAUGGGAAAUCCCGCCUUAGAGGGAGAAACCCUCGCGGAAUGUGUAGUCUGGGAUCGGCCGCAGGAAGUCCGGGCUCCUUCUCGUUCGCUUUACUCGCAUGCCUCUUCGGUCUGGGGAACAAAUGAGGGCCGAAGCCCAACUUCCAGAGAAAUUCUCGGAUCCUUUUCGCUGGGAGGGCAGAAGAGAAGCAUGUUCAUCCAAACUCAGUCUACUCCAAACCCUUUAUCACUCAUGUUCUAUCCUGAUAAGCCAGUUAUGGAAGUUGGAAGUGCAGACUUUCCAAAUGCCCGUGCAGCUAUGAACUCACCACUUGCAAAGGCAUUAUUUGGUAUCGAUGGUGUAUCACGAGUAUUCUAUGGAUCGGAUUUUGUGACAGUAACAAAAUCUGAGGAUGCUUCUUGGGAUAUCUUAAAGCCUGAAAUCUUUGCAGCAAUCAUGGAUUUCUACACGUCUGGCAAACCAUUAUUUCUGGAUUCAGAGGUCGCGUCUUCAAUGGACACUGCUAUUCAUGAGGAUGACUCUGAAACUGUUGCAAUGAUCAAAGAGUUACUUGAAACUCGUAUCCGCCCAGCUGUUCAAGAUGAUGGUGGUGACAUCGAAUAUCGGGGUUUUGAUCCUGAUACAGGUAUAGUCAAGUUAAGAAUGCAAGGUGCUUGUAGUGGCUGCCCAAGCUCGUCUGUGACACUAAAAUCUGGCAUUGAGAACAUGCUAAUGCACUACGUCUCUGAGGUGAAGGGCGUGGAGCAAGAAAUGGAUUCUGAAGCAGAUGCAGAAGUAGCUGGUCAGAUGGAGUAACAGAAGAGAUCCUUUAUUUAUUCCAAUUUGGUAGGAAAUAUGUAUACCUUUGGCUUUUUCCUACCAAAUUAGGUCUACGCUCUGACUAGGGGUUUGGCGGAUUCUUGGAGUAAUAAGUUUCAUGGUGAUCAAUGCUAGUGUUAGACUAUUCUCUCUC